UACAUUUUGCUGCGUUGUCGCCGAGUUUCUGGAUCGCGGCGUGUCACGUUUAAAGGGCAAAGGGGAAUGAUUCGCUUCGUCACAGAACUUUCGAGUAUAUGUAUAAUGGCGAAUUCUUUCUAUUUGUGUUUUAGCAAGUGAGAUUCCGCGUCACAUCCGAUCGUGACAGGAAGCCGCGACACUCGUCGCCACGAAUACGAGGGUCAAGUAACUAGACUAUGACAGCGAUGGAUUCCGAUUCUGAGAGUCAAGAUAGCGAUGACGGACGGCGAUUUCGUUUCGAAGCUACGCGCAAGGAUUCGGCCGCGACUGUGGAUAUUACGGACCGAGCAAAGACGUCUAAGAGACAUAAAUCAUCUCAUGGCGAGAACUAUCGGGACAGGAAGGAACGAUCCAAACACGAGAGCAAAACGGAUGACAAGGUUCUCAGACAUUUCACAAAGCAUUCGAAACACGAGUUGAGAAACUUGAAACAGGAGGAUAGUAAAAAUUCGCACAAAGACCACAGGGAAAACAGGUCUGGAUUCGCCACGAAUGACAGAAGUUCCAGAAAUUCCAACGGGGGUGACGCGAGGGAGAGAUCGCGUGAUUCGAAACGGCAAUUAGACAGGGAUCGAAGCGUCCACCGGAUGCAACGAUCACGGGAACACUCGUACGAGAGGAACCAUCACGACGAGCGAGCGUCAAGCGAUAAGCACCGAGGUCGGUAUCACGAAAGACACAAGCAUCGUUCUCGCGACAGGAGUCGAGAUAGAUCUCAUCAGUCCAAUAGAGUCAAGUCCUCGAAUGAUGAUCAUCGGUCUCGAGAAGAUCACGGGAGGCAUGAUUCUUCCAGGAAGCUAUCAAAGGAGAACAGGUCACAGAAUUCAAGGGAUUGUUCCUUGCCUAAGAACACCGAACGAGAGCGCAGUCACAGUGAGACUCGCUCGAGCGAGAAUACUAAGAAGGAUUCGUCGAUAGAGAUUCAAGACUGCAAGGAUUUGGAUCUGUCGCAAUUCGACGUUCUAUCGGAGACCGAUGAGAACAUGUCCGACAGUCGGGAUUCCGAGAGCCGAACGUUGUCUCCGCACUCGCGUAAGAUCAAGUUGAAAAGACAUGAUUCCGAAAUCCGGUCGGAAAGUUAUCCAAAGCGAAAGAACGACGACGAAGUCAGCACGAGAAAACUGCGGGAGGAAUUAAAGGUAAAAAGAAGGAGUUAUGAUCCGGCAUCUAGUUCCAGUAAUAAUAAUCCUAGUGCCGUUUCAGAUUCCUUACUCAACUCCGCAUCGCACACGGCACUCUUGGUAGAGAGAGAGGCUUGUAUGGACUCUGAGAGAGAAAAGUCUGAGUAUCGUGAAGAGGAAAAAAUGCUUAUUUAUGAUAAUAAUAUCGAAUGUUCGAACUCGAGAGAAAGAUAUUUGCGCUCUAAUGCUUCUUCGGACGAAUACGAUUACGAAAAGAAUAUGGAUCAAGCCAGACCCACGUAUGGUCCGCUUUUACCACCAGAAUUUGCAUCUAAUGCGUCCGACGGUAAUAAACUUGAUUCUGAGAUAAAUAUUCUCGAAGAUAAAAUUAACGAUGAGGUCGUUGGAAAAAAUAUGAAUUUUAUUGGACCUCGUUUGCUACCUCAGUUAAACGAUCGUCAAAGCAUAGAGCGAGAAGAUGCAGUGGAUGCUGUUUUCGGGCCAGCACUGCCACCACAUUUGUUACAACGACAACAAAAGAAAGAUUCGCUAGAUAGAAUUAUCGGUCCUGUGCUACCUGAUGUUCUGAAAUCGCGUGAAGAAGGUUUGAUCGCGUCUCCGAAUUCCGACGACGAUUCUGCGAUAGGACCUCUACCUGUGGAUCAUCCAGCUCUAAGAACUAGCCGCGUACACGAGCAAUUAGAUUUAAGAGCACAAAGAAUUAGGAAUGAAAAAUAUUCGGAAGAGAUGGAUAUCGGAAAUAAACGUGAGGAAUGGAUGACUGAGUUACCACCCGCUCAAGCUGCUAAUCUUGGAUUAGGUCCGCGCAAAUUCAGACUUCGAGAUGGUCCAGAUAUGUCGGAUAGAUCAUGUUGGACUGAUACACCAGCACAAAAAGCUCAGAAGCAGAUGGACUUGGAAGCAAAAAGAUUCAGAGAAUCAGAGAAAAAACAUGUAAAUGAAUAUCACAAGGAAGUGGAUAAAAGUAGAAAACAUGAGAGAUCGUUAGUAGAAAUGCACCAAAGCAAAAUUGCCAAGAAAAAGAAGAAAGAGGAAAAGGAAGCAAAACGGACUGGGAUAUCAACGAGAAGGCCAUUUGAUAGAGAUAUCGAUUUACAAGUCAAUCGAUUUGAUCAAGCACAAAAGAAGACUAUUCUGAUGAAAGCGCAGUUGCUCGAUGAUAGGUUCUCACGUGGGCAAAUUUAAACGGUUCAAGUUUUUUCUGGGGAUAAAAUUAUAGUAAGUGUAAAUAAUUGCAAAUUGUAAAGGGAGUUAUAUUCUGUAUUAAAUACAUUGAGAUUUGCAAGUUGAUCGAUUUGAUCAGAUAGAAAGAAAAACUACUGAUGAAAGUACAGUGGCUCGCGGCAAUGGAUUCUCGCGUAGAUAAAACGGAUUUGAAUUCUUAUGGGGAUAAAAUUACGGUAAUUGUAAAUAGUUGUUAAUGAAGCUUAGAUUCUACAUUAAAUACACGGAAAUUGACGAUAUCGAAUGUUGUUUGACGGUGCCUUGAAUUAACAGGAUUCUCGCCAUCUUGACUGACAAUUUUACAUUAAUAUUUUAACAGAAUAUGCACGUCAGCUUCGUUAUAUUCGUGUCUUUCUGAUUGUGAUUUUUUUGUAACAUAUUUUUUACAAAAACGACAUUUUGCUGUGAAGUCAACUAACUUUCGUCAAAUAUUUCGAUUUUAAUCUCAGUUCUUCAGUUUUUUCCGAAACGAAUGUAUCGUUGUAAAUUGUAUCGCGGAUUGUUGUUACUUUCUUUUUAUACUGCGGCUAUAAAUCGAAUGUGUUGUUUUAGAUAAAACUUUUCCAGUCGUGUAUCCUGCACAUCGUAUUUCGUAAUGUACAACUUGCAACGAAUUUGCAUAAAUUACAAUCGAACGAAGGUUUUAUAAAUAUUGUAAUGUAUAUAAUGUUGUUCUGUAUGUAAUGCAUCGUAAAAAAAGAAAACGACAGUGAUGCACAUGUCGUAAUAAUGACGAUUGUACGGUACAUUUCUGCUCGUAUAAAAUAGGUACGCCGCUCGUUGUUUGUUUGUUAUUUUCUAUAAGUGAAACAGUACAAAAUAUAUAGUGCGACAUUUGGCACUGCUGAUACGUAUCUUUAUAGAAGAUACAUAUCAGCGUGGUUGUAGUAAAUGCAAGUAAAACUACAUUGUCACACUUGUACUUUCGAGAAUAGAAGAUACAUUACACUGAUUUCACAUACAUGUUUUCAAAAGGCGGUCCUAUACUUUGGUGGGCCUGAAGCAACAUCUUAACACAACAAUUGAAACAAUUAUGAUAUCCCAAGGAUCUAAAGGAUCUCAGACUUCAUUAGUUUAUUGAUCUUUGUGAAUUUGCCAAUGCACUUUCUCUGUCAUGGCACGAGAUACGAAUCGAACAAUUAUCAGGUUUAUAUCGUUUGAUGAUCAUUCAUUAUUUUCUGCCGAGAAUUUAUGUAAAUCUUUGAAUUUGUAU